AUGUCAGACACCAAUGAAAACACUCCCCUGCCUGGUACUAGCCAAACUCUCCCCAUUGCUCUCAACGCAAUAUCGGAUGCAACUGAGCCUCACACUAUCGACCCGUCGAGCCUGACACCCUACGAGAAGAAACUCUACGACUUCUUGUACUCCCAAGGAUGGACCCAUACACAAUGUUGUAACACCGCCCAAGUGCAGUGUCUUCACGAGCAGUGUGAGAUGGAGCUUCCAGAGCAUUUCCCAGCUCCUAGAGGCAAUGCCGAGCAACAAGAUCUGCAGAUGCAGCUGAGACUCAAUGAGGAAAUGAAUCGUCGAAGGGCGAUUGGCGAGCGCAUGUACUCUUCUACAGGUACCAUGGAUAGGGAGAUUGAUGAGGGGAGGAGGGCUUAG